CUCCGAGCCUCGAAUGGACUACUAUGGCGUUUGGCUAGACGAAACCAUAAGCCCUUUUGGGCCGAGUCCUUCCUUAACCGCAAUAUCCGAUGGUGGUACAGGACUGAACGAUGGAGACAUGCCUCUUGAGGCCCUGUUCGAGUACAGCCUCGAUCCCAACGACGGGGGAAACUUCACAGGCGAUGGCCCACUCAUGUAUCGCAAUGAGACCCCUCCCGAAUCCAUUGCCGGGUCCUUUUUCUCGCAGGAUCUGGAGUUUCCCCGUCUUGACACGGCGGCCCAUUCGAAACCGAUUGACAUCCCCAUGUCAGCACCUAACGGGCAGAUCAUGGUGCCCAAACACUGGGGGUCGGCAAAGGUGGACGCGGAGCUUCAGAAGUUCCCGACUUGGGAUCCGGAAUAUCAACCAGGGGAAAACUUCUUCGACCAGGAGACGGAACUAGACAACUUGUCGGUAGUAGAACGACCGGCUACCGAUUCUGUGAAUGUACAAUUUCAGUACGCACAAGAGCAGUUCGACAUUCCACAAUCGGCCCAUCUUUCGGGCAACUUCAGUUUGUUGACGAGCUUGUUCCAGCACGGCCAGCCGAUUCCGAUAGCACCGCCCAAGGCGGCUCCGGCACCGCCCGUCUUGAACACACUACCCAAGCCUGUCAACUUGCUCGCUCGGAAGGGCAGUGAGAAGGGAAAGUACGCCGAGAAAUCAAGGGUGACCAAACAGAGGUCCCGAGCAAGCAGCUUCAACGGUUCCAACGGCAACAAUGUUACAAGCAACAACUUCAUGUUGUAUGGGCAUAUGGAAGGCAGUGAGCACCUCCGGUUUAUUGAGGGCUCCAAUAUGAAGAAACCCAAGGGCCGAAAGAAUGCGUUGACCCCCGAUCAGCGCCGUGAUGCUGCCCUGGUACGUGAAAUGGGAGCCUGCCAGUCAUGCAAAGACAGAAAAUGCAAGUGCGACCAAACCGUUCCUUGUCAAGCCUGCAUACGCCAUUACAAGACGCAGCUGAUCUAUAAACCAUGCCGUGGGUUUAUGUUGAACAGCCUUGUGGCCACCUUGAUCUGCGCCGAGACAUUCCCAACAAGUCGGUCGUUGGAUCGAUUCCUUGGGAAAGACCAAUACUGGGUCUGCAAAGAACAACAGCGUAUGCGGUUCAGUUUCGGGUUCGGUGAAUCCUUCACACGCAACGUCAGAAUCGUGGUACCACGCAAUCGGAGCCAGCUCAACCAUGAGCACGUGGUCUAUCCAUGGCCGCCGAAGAAGGAUGGCACGGCGACGAAGACGCACGUCAAUCACAAGGUCCUUCCAGUCGUCCUCGCGAGGACGGAUGACCUUUUUGAAAUGCUCGAUCGGUACUUGGAGAGGCUCGUGGAGGACCCGGAGAACUUCCGGAGCUUCCCCGUGUAUGCCUCGCAACUCGGCGUCCUUCGGCAGAUUUAUAUGUUCAAGCGACGGUCCCAGAGGCCCGAAGCCGAUAUGCUCAAGCAAGCCCUCAAGGCGCUCGUCCUGGUCCACACUGCUGGCAACAUCAAAGUGGAUGUUGAAGACCCAGGGGUCAAGCCGAUCAUGGCGAUGCAUAGGGUCACAGAUACCACACGUGUCAUGCCAUGCUUUGUCCGGGGUCAGCUCGGCGUGGUCAUGCCUCAGCUUGCAAAGCGCUUGAUGGAUACCACGCUCAAGAAAAUGGAGCCGCAUCUCUACAGCCGGGACUGCGAGGAAUGGCCCCUUGUUCUUGCAACGUUCAUGGUGCUUCUGAUGACAAUCGAGAGCAUUCAGUACCAUGCGGCUAAGGAAGCGUACCACGCGCUCUUUGAUCGCAUUUCCGCCGAUCCCGGGGCCCCAGCCUUCAGUGCGCAUACUGGACCGCACAGCAGCAAGAUCGAUGACAAAACCGCGGUCUGCCUUUUGGAGCAAUACAGCAAAUGCUUCCAAAAGUGCCACAAGAAGCUGACCAUGACCGCACCGAAGACCCUGGCUUCUCCGUCUUCAGUCGGAUCCAGAGCUGACCAAGAAGCAUGUGAUCGGUUCAUUGACGACCUGCGAAGCACGAUUGAGCGGUGCAACCCGUACCUAGAGCAACGCUGUGAGUUGAAGGUGGACAGGGCCGACAAUAUGUCCUUUUUCUUUGAUCGUUUGGUGGCGAAGCUGUUGCUUCUCAAGUUCUAAAGGCUGAAGACUCUGAGCGGGCUGGGCGGUUGUAUUUUGGACUUUUCCUGGCGCCGGCAGCUCCUUUGUUUCUACGGAAUGUAUAACACGGGCUUUUUCUCGAGGUAGUUGUGGGUUUGCUAUAAGUCAUUGUGUAUUAUCAGGUAGUGUUUGAGUAUGGGGUAUUUGCGUUGACAGUCUGAUGGCCUCGACGAAUUGCGGUUUUAAGCACGGCGUUGGGGAAUAAUUUCGGUCGUGCUUAGUUUCUUUGGCUGUACAUAUUAGCUUGAGCUGCCAUAUAUCAAUAUCCAAUUAUCGGUUCCGUCUUCU